AUGUCUCCCAUUGACAAGAACACACCCGCCCAAGUACUAGUCCACAACUAUGCCAGCCACAUCAAAGGCAAAGUCAUCCUCACCACCGGUGUCUCCCCCGGCAGUCUAGGCAGCUACUUCGUGCAGUCCAUCGCGGCCGCUGAACCAAGGUGUCUCAUCCUCGCCGGCCGCAACAGGAGCAAAAUCCAGCAGACGGCCGACGAGAUCAAGGCCUCGCAUCCGAGCGUCGAGACCCGCCUCGUCGAGAUCGACCUGGCCUCCUUCGAAAGCGUCCGGCAGGCAGCUGCGGAGAUCAACUCGUGGCCUGAUAUCCCGGCGAUCGAUGUAGUGGUUAACAACGCGGCCAUUAUGGCGACGGAGUAUGCACUUUCGCGGGAGGGGGUGGAGUCGCAGUUUGCGACGAACCAUCUCGGGCCGUUCCUGCUGACGAACCUGAUUAUGGGGAAGGUUCUGGCGGCGAGGAGUCCGAGAGUUGUCAUGGUUACUAGUGAUGGGCAUCGGUUGAGUGGGAUCAGGUUUACGGAUUAUAACUUUGAUAAUGGCAAGGUAUACAAUAGAUGGCUUGCAUAUGGGCAGACGAAGACGGCGAAUAUGCUCAUGGCCAUCGCUCUGGCUGAGAAGCUUGCGGCCCGGAAUCUUCUCGCGUUCAGUCUGCACCCGGGUGUGAUCUUCACGAAUAUUGCGAGCCACCUUGAAGACCUGGACUCGAGCUUCAAGGAGCUCGGCGCUCUCGACCGCGCACAGGGUAACCCCGAAGGCUGGAAGGGACUGGACCCGAAACCAUUGGAGACAGGCGUCUCGACCCAUAUCUAUGCAGCCUUUGAUCCUGAUCUUGCAGAACACAACGGCAAGUACCUGAUCGACUGCCAUGUUGCAGACCCGUGGGUCGACACAGUCAAGCCAUGGGCUACAAGUCCGAUCGAAGCUGAGCGAUUAUGGAAGCUGAGUGAGGAGUUAGUAGGCGAGAAGUUCACAUACUAG